GUUCGGAACAAAAUUUUCGAUAUUUGGACAAGAAUCAGAGAAGAAACAGAAGAGGCGUGGCGAUUUUUGGAAGACAUUUAACAACAAUGGGAGAAGCGCCUGCACAGAUUCCGACGAGUUUCGGUCACGAGCUUAGGGCUUGUCUUCGAUGUCGCCUCGUCAAAACCUACGAUCAGUUUAGGGAUUCUGGGUGCGAGAAUUGUCCUUUCUUCAAAAUGGAAGACGAUCAUGAACGUAUCGUCGAUGUUACCACCCCUAAUUUCAACGGUAUAAUCUCUAUGAUGGAUCCACGCAGAAGUUGGGCAGCAAGAUGGUUAAGAAUUGGGAAGUUCGCUCCUGGUUGCUACACUCUUGCUGUCUCAGAGGCACUCCCAGAGGAAAUGCAGUUCAUAUGCCAAGAAGUGCAGGUACAGUAUGUUCCGCCCAAACGCAUUUGAAUCCUUUUGCAUCAAGUGUCUCCAUAUUGGCAUCUCUGCAAGUCGUCGUAAGUUCCAAGAAGACUGAGUCCGAUGGAGGCUAUGAAUUGAAGUAGUUUAGUUAUGUACUUUGUUACUGAUAAAGAGAUUUGAUCCUCUCACUGUUAACAAUAACUUAUCUUGCCAAACUCAUUGUGUAGUUCUCCGGAAGAUAAGAUAAAUUACAUUAUUUUUCAAUUAUGAA